ACUGAGCACACUUAUAAGAUAUACACAAUAUCACAUUUAGACUGCAUCGUGUCAGGAUUAACUGGAUUGCUCUGGUCGCACACGUUAGGCUUUAUUUUGAAAUCCCAGAGGGUUUCGCGUCUCUUACACAAUACAUUUGCAUGCUAGCAUCAGCCAGCAACUAGAUAGCGGGCGUCGACAACGCCUUUUGGAAUAUAUACAAUGGACAUGGACGCAGAUUUAGAUGACGAACCCCCAUCGUUGGUACCUACCGACGAGACGACCACUUCAAUCGGAGCACCAGACCAGGAGCGAGAAGAAGUCAGCAGCAUUACGAAAGUGCCUAUAACAAUCGUCACAGGAUAUCUCGGAGCAGGCAAAACCACUCUGCUUAACUAUAUCCUCAAUGAAAAACACGGCAAAAGGGUAGCCGUCAUCCUGAACGAGUUUGGCGAUUCGACGGACAUUGAAAAGUCCCUUACUGUCAACAAAGAUGGCCAGGAAGUCGAGGAAUGGCUCGAACUUGCGAAUGGCUGCAUAUGCUGCUCUGUCAAAGACUCCGGUGUGGCAGCCAUAGAAUCACUCAUGGAACGCCAAGGCGCCUUCGACUACAUCCUCCUCGAAACGACCGGCCUUGCAGACCCAGGCAACAUCGCACCCCUAUUCUGGGUCGACGAAGGUCUAGGCAGCACCAUCUACCUCGACGGCAUUGUCACACUUGUCGACGCCAAGAAUGUACUCAAGUCUCUCGACGAACCAUCACCAGAAACCAGGCCAGAUGCUCAGGACCACGAUCACAAUGGCCCGGAGCUUACAACAGCACAUCUACAGUUGAGCCACGCGGACGUCAUCGUCUUGAAUAAAAGCGAUUUAGUCACAGAUGAGGAACUGGAGAAUGUGCUAGGGCGGAUCAAGGCAGUGAAUGGGCUUGCACGAGUCCACAUCACAAGUCAUUCGAAGGUACCACAGCUAGAAGGAGUGCUAUUAGACUUGCAUGCGUACGACUCGAUAACUACCGCAGAGCUAGACUUUGCAUCAAAGGGCCACUCCCAUCUCGAUCCCGCGAUCUCUACGGUCACGUUGGGUGUGCCUGAGCUUGAUGAGAAUGGGCUGGAAAAGCUGGACGCGUGGCUACGGAGUACACUGUGGGAGAAUAUACUCCCUGGAGAGGGACAGCAGGAGGCUUCCUUCGAAAUCCAUAGGCUGAAGGGAAGGAUAUUGGUCAAAGGCGGCGGAGUGAAGCUGAUACAGGGAGUGCGUGAAGUAUUUGAUAUCCUAGACGAGAAGGAUAGUCCUGGAAACUCGGACCAGACACGCGGCAGUGAAGGCAAGCUCGUUCUGAUAGGAAGGAGAUUACAGAACGGGGUGUUUCGGAGAAGCAUUGACGGCUACUUUGCAUAGUCAUAGUCCUCCAUCCAGCAUGUAGAGGAGAGGAAAGAAUCAUGAGACGUCUGACUGCU